UUCUGCCCUACGGGUUUUCGAAAAAGGCGGAAACUCAAUACGCAAUUUGAAACGGAAAUCAAGGUGUUACAUUUAAAUUUUAUCAGUGGAAGGAAUAUUGAUGUUAAUCCUCACCUACAUUUGAGACUAUUUCUUCAGAAUUUGAUCUCCAUAUUGCUUAUUGGAGAAACGUUGGACAGAAGUGACCCCGACAGAGAUGUUUUGUGGGAAUUCAUUGACCUCCUAUUCGUACUUAUUGACCCCUCGGUAGAUGGCGCGUUGCGAACGUUUCCGUUCUUACGGCGUUUACCAGGUUACUAUGGUAACAUCUAUCGACAGACGAUCACGGCUCGCGACAAAGUGGCAAAACGCUUCUAUGAAGACCAAAAGACGAGCUACAGACCAGGGAACAUCCGGGGCCUUGUGGACGUCUGUAUCCUGAAUCAACUGGAAGAGCUCACCAAGACCGGUAACUCCUGGCUAACUGACGAACACAUCAAGGGCCUCAUCUUUGACACACUCGCUGCUGGUAUGACCGAGAUUUUGAAGACGCUCCGCCUCUUCCUGUUGCUCAUGUGCCACCAUCCGGAAGUUCAGACCAGGCUAAAAGCGGAGGUUGACACAAUUAUAGGUACGGAGCGUUUCCCGUGCCCCGAAGACCGAAAGUGGAUGCCAUUCACGCAGGCGGUGAUGUUGGAGAUCUGGCGCUAUGGGUCACAGACGCCGCUCUCUAUACCGCAUCUGUGCCAGAAGAACGUCGAACUGGACGGCUACCUGAUAGAGGCCGGUUCGGUGAUAUUCCCGAACUUGUACGCAGUGCACCACGACGAGGUUACCUGGGGAGACCCCUGGGAAUUCCGUCCAGAACGAUUCCUAAACGAGGCUGGGGAACUACUUCCGUCCGACCACAUACUGAUGCAGAAUGUAAUCCCGUUCAGCGUCGGUAAAAGGGAGUGCCCCGGGCAGGAUUUCGCGCGCUCCAGAAUAUUCGUCACGAUGACGUCACUGAUGCAGCGCGUGCAAGUGGUUCCCCCUAAAAACAGCAACUUGCCUCCAGCUGAUCCCCGGCUCUAUAGCAAAGCGUAUCCGAUGACGGAACCGCAGUUUGAAUGUCGCUUCUUGUCAAGGGAGAACAUUAUUAUUUAGAACAAUUAUGUAUGAAGUUCUUCCUACAGCGUUUUUGAUUAUAUUUAUCUAAAGCAAACUUUUUUAUCAAAUCUUUUUCAGACAGAAUUAAUCGACAUUUAAGUUCAUAAAGAUUAAUUGUAGAAUGUUUUGUGGCACAAUAUGACAUCAAAAAGGCGUUUGUGUACUUUUUUCUUUUAUCAAGCGGCAAAUAUUGGUAGAAAGUUAAUUACUAGUAUAUAAUGGCGUCUUUUUGAUCGCUAUGUUAUCUGCUUGUUUCGGUUAAAUUGCUCACAAGGCACUGAAUUUGGUAUUUUCUUACUUUAACUGCAUGUUUUGUAGUGACUGAAUUAGUAAUAACAGGGCUCCCGCUUCCAUUGGCAAUUGUCGCCAAAUGUCAAAGAGUGACAACCUUUCAAUUUGAGAAAAUAAGUGGCGAUUACAAUUAAUUAGAUGUGAAGAAUUGCUGGUUAAUAUAGUGGUUUCUGCCAUUAGUUGUCCCAUUCAGAGGUCAUGCAAAGUUGAUCAUUGAAAUUGACAGUCAAGAACCAAUAGACUUCUUGAUAUUGUUCUGACAUAUGUGAAGCCUUGAUAAGUUGCAUUCUGCUAUGCGUCUUCAAAGUUAAUUUGCUUAUCAAAACAACACUCAGAGAAAAUUAGUAGAGGUAACCUCUGCUAAAAUAAAGUUUUCCUGGCACUGGCAAUACAUAUGGGGCUCGUUUAAAGGUCAGAUUUGGAAUUUUUGCAGUAAAAUGAGAACUUUUUAAACAAAUAUUUAAAAAAAAAAUAAGUAUGUUUGAAAAAAUGUUACAUUG